UCCCCUCUGCUGCUUCUUUUUUUUGUCGCCCACUCCUCUCUCUCUCUCUCUCUCGCUCUCUGGCUCGCGAGCUCCAAAACCCUAACUCCCUGAGCUAGCCGCGGCGCGGAGGGGGAAGCCGGGGAGGUCGGAGCAGCGCCGGCGCGGUGCCUCAUCGCCGCCGCGCGGUCUAUUCGGGGACCAGUGAAUUUCUUAUUGCAGUCCUGGUAUGGUGAGUGCACCAAAAUGUUGGCAAAAGUAAAUGAAUCUGGUAUAAAAGAUACGUCAGUCAACUGCAGUACGUCUGGUUUUCAACAAGAUGCUAAUUAUGAAUUCUCAAACCGAGCUUUACAACAUGGAUAUUCAGUUCCCGGACCAGUCUUUGAAGAAAAAUCUUUUUCAGCGGCCCAAGAGUUUGUUCAGAAUAGUCACCAAUUUGACCACUUCUUGAGACCUUUUCGGCCUGGACAAUGUGAAGGAAUGCAGAUGCCAAAUGAUAACCUAGACAUCACCCAACGCAGCAUUCUUUCUAAUGCAUCGUGUCUUGAUCAUGCAGAAGAAAUAACUUCAUAUGAUACUGAUGGUUAUGACGAUAGAACAAUCUCAUUUGGAAGUAGCUGUAGCACAAUACCUGCAAGUUAUCCAUAUAUUAGCCCUUUGCAAAGAAAUCACCUCAUUUCAGACACACGGGACUGUACUUGGACUGCUCUUAUGCAAGAAUCUCUGGAAGCGUCUAACAGUAACAAUGGACUCAAUGAAGAUUGCAGUGACUUGACUUUCAGUAAUACAGAAUUUUCAGGUGGGAAUAAAAUGCAAAAUCAAGUUGUCUGGGACAAUGGCUGCCUAACAAGUCCAUCUUUUACCUCAAAUUUUUUGCCUUUCCCUGGAGAUGCUGAGUCCGCAUUCACAAGUGCCAGCACUGUUUGUAACUUACAAAAUUUUGUUGAUCUCCCACAUGAUAUGAAUAAUAACGAGCAAGACAAACCAUCUUCUGAGCUCAGAGCGCCCCAACAGAAAGGGGCAACAAGAAGCCAUAUUUGUCAACAUCGAGAUGAAAUGCAUUCUGCUGAAUGGGGAACAUAUCCUGGUAAUGAAGACUCUGAUUUGAUGCCAGCUGCACAGGAUAAGCAGAAUAAAGUAUUGCAUGCACAGUUCAAUUCAUCUGUUAUUAAUAUAGAUGGAUCUGCGGGUAGUGGCAUGGAAAAGCUACAUGGCCUGUAUGAAUGUGAAGAGCAAAUGGAAAUUGAUUCACUUCUUAAUUCAUUCAGUGCACCAAGUGAUGCUUUUUCACAAUCAUAUGAAAUAUUCCAGAAAAGUGAAAGUUUUGUUGGUCUUGACAAAAAGGUUAAAUUAGAGGAAAGUGUUUCUGCCACAUGCUUCAGCAAUACCGUUCCUUGUAUGCAAUCUGGGGCUCCUGAGUCAGCUAUAUCUGAUGGAUCUUCUUGUCAUCAACAGUAUAAUUCUACUUCUCAAGUAACUGAUUUAUUUUACACUUCAGCAUCUCAAUGGGCAACAACGUCAAGUUCUGUUUUGCCUUUACCUUUUUGUGGGUCCAAUCCAGUGAGUUGCCUGGGGGCAAAUGGUGAAGAUCACUUGCUUACCGAUGACCAUACUUUACUGCAUGAGCAACGAAGGGCUGUUUGUGGUACUAGCUAUGAUUUGACUGAUAAUGUUGCUAAUCCUGUUCUUGAGUUCACAAAUAUUUUGGAUGGUCAAUCUAGUCUCAACAAAACAUAUAUAUCCCAUGAUGGAUUAGUGGCAACCAAUGGUGUAUGGAAAGGACACCGUGACGUGAUGGAAAAUCACCCACUCGGAGUAUAUUCUUCAAGCCAUGCCAGGCAUCCACAAAUGGAGCUGCCCAUGACAUGUACUUCUCAUGUUCUACUGCCUCCUCCAAACCUGUCCAACAACCCCAACUCAUCAUUUGUCAGAGGAACAGAGCUUAAGAAGGCCGAGCUAAUGGGAGCAUACAGCACUACAGAGAAUUACUUGGAUCUUGAUAAUUCUGAAAGGAAGGGCAUCAUCUGCCCUAAAUCUUCUGAACAAAAUGUUGCCGAGAAUAUUUGUAAUAAAGCAGCUGAAUACCAAUGUAAUGAUUAUAGCCAAAUUGUUUGUAAUCAGCAAACAGUUCUACUCCCACUGAAUAAAGCUUCACAUUUCGGUGGUUUGCCAACGAAGAAGUUUGAUGGUAAGCUGGUUUCACGGCAAAAAAAGCGGAAAAGGGCAACAAGUCUUCUAUCGUGGCAUGCACAAGUAAUGUCUGGUUGUAGCAAGACACAUCAUACAAGAAAACCUGAGUUGGAUUGGGCUCAUGCUACCAGGAGAUUGGUUGAGAAGGUAGAUGCUGAAAAUAUGAAGACGAAAAAUAGCACAUUUGUGUCUCAAGCUCAGAAAAGACUUGCUUUCACAACUAAGCUGAUGCAGUACAUACUUCCUGUUCUGCCAGAUAGACUUCUUGCAGCAAAUGCUAUUGAUUCCUGUGAAACCAUUGUAUACCGCACUUCUCGACUGGCCCUUCCUGACGCAUUUAACCCAGCUAUAUCUUCUGUCAGUGAUGCAAAUAACUUCAUACCAACUGAGAGCAUGCCACAGAAUCAGACUAGCACUUCUGAAAAGGAAGACGAUAAACUUGUACCUGAAGUUCUGGAAACAUUCACCAUGAGGUUUGAUGAGCUGCAAAAUUCCUUCUCAAGAGCUGAGAGGGCAACCACGUUUCAAGAUUUGGCAACCGAGACACGGGAUUUGGAGCGGUGGUCCAUUCUCCACCAUUUUAUAAAGUUGCAUAAAUACUCUAGAUUGCAUGAGGAUGAUGUCUCGAAUAUUAGACCCAAACCCUGCAGAUCAACCAUCCGGAAGCAUGCUGGGCCUGAUCAAGUGUCAGUGGACUUUCUGAAUAGUGUUCGUUGUCGCCUCCUGAACUAGAAUUGGUCAGUUACUAACAAUUCUAGCCCCUGUUUUGCCCUGUCCUCCGCAGCCCGUGCAUGUUGUAAAGCCGGGCUGUUCAGGAGCAUAUAUUAACCAUAGCAUGUACUACGGCCCCCUUCUCCUGCUAGGAGAUUAUAUAUAUCUUGAUUCUUGUAUAUUCUGGAACUAGACGCGGGAGCUGUGUUGAUGCCCUUUUGCGAAGAGCUACAGUAUGCUUACUAAACGAAAUUAACACUGGUACUGAAAGCAAUAUCUACUAGCUUCAAGAUGUUCUUUUU